AUGUUACACGACAACUACAAAGGCGCCAUGGAGCCAUUGCUAUACGGUCGCUCGAGCUCGCUGUCUUCGACCAGUAAUGGAGUGGAUGAGCGCUACAUGGAGGAGUACGUCGAGGAAGACGGAAUUCACAAGACCAAAGAUCGACCUCUUAGAAACUCGUAUUUGGAGCAGCUUGGAUACACGCCUCUAAUUUUUAAGAAGAUUGGAAGUUUUAUCACCUCAAUGUCACCGAUGCAAACAUUAAAGCCUAAAGAUUGCGAACGCCUCAGCAAUACUUUCCAAUAUCAUCCGUCAACUAUUCCUUCUAAGGGCUCAAUUCGCGGCUCAGUGUUUAAUUUGGCUGGUGCUACUCUUGGUGCGGGUGCACUGUCGUUGCCGUAUGCAGUCGCAGUGUCUGGCUUGGGUUUUGCUGUGGCUCAAUUGAUGCUGGCAGCAAUGCUAACAGUGUAUACGAUUCGACUGCUCCUUCGUGCAGAGGAUAUUACCAAACUAAAAUCAUACGAAGAUUUAGCGAUGUAUUGCUUCGGCAUGAAGAUAACAAUAUUUGUGGAGGUAAAUAUCCUAAUUUUCUGUUUUGGUAUUUCAGUUGCAUACCUUGUAACGCUAGGAGAUAUAAUCACGCCACUGGGAGAGCUUUGUUUUGGUCCACAAAGCGUGCUUGCGCAGCGUUGGGUGCUCAUGAUGAUUUCAUGUGGAAUGAUCAUGCUUCCACUAUCUUUGAUGAAAGACAUUAGCAGUCUUCAGUUCUCGUCGAUUCUGGGUGUGCUCUCCAUCUUUUUCCUAGUUAUGGCGGUAACCAUCCGAUCAAUUAUGUUCGCGAGUGUCAAUGGCAUCCCGGAGGACAUCAGCUGGAUUAUAAAUCUCAACCGAGGUCCAGAUUUUUUUCUCAGCGUGCCUAUUGUCAUGUUUGCUUUUACUUGCCAGGUCAAUGUUUUCUCAAUUUACACGGAGCUUCAGCGCCCGUGUAUUCGGCGAAUGAACAAGGUGGUGGACCGUGCUACGCUGAUUUCUCUGCUGGUUUACUUGUCUAUCGGUGUGGUGGCGUAUUUAGCCUUCGGACCUCAGCUUGUUGAGCCCAAGUACAAAGACUCGUUGCUGCGUCAUGUGGCUGUGACAAGUGGUUUGGUGCUGCUGGCGCUGUUCUUAGCCAUCUUUUGUCCCAAUAUCAACGUGGUUUUUGGUAUUAUUGGUGGCACAUGCUCCACCGUUGUUUGCUUCUGUUUCCCUGCCGCAUUCAUAUUGAAGCUCGAAGACGGUCCACUGCUCGGUCCAAAGAAGAUUGGCUCAGUACUGCUAUUCAUCGGUGCUAUCGUGAUUGGUAUAACGGGAACAAGUGUCACGGCACUACGCAAUCUGCUUCCACCAAAGCGAUGCAAUUAUUGCCAUAAGUGGCGAUGCCAAUUCUGUACACUCAAGUUUCCGCUGCUUGGUGAGCGCAAAGGGCUUACCAAGAGGCUAAAAGGCAACUCACGCAUCUGCAUUCAGUGUUUCGGCCAGAUCUAA